UGCGUUCCGGCCCGGCGAAGCUGUUCCCCUCUUGGCUUUCUUUACCCGCUCGGCUCUUCAGAUUCGCCACAGAAUAACCGUCCUCCCCCUGCCCUUAUUGUAAACGAUAAAAAUCCCCCGGUGGUGUAUGGAGGUGCCUGGCUCGGAGUAAACCCGGGGCGGGAGCAAAAGAGCGGGGGAGCUGGGACGCCGUGUGGAAUGUGCUGAGGCGGAAGGGCAGGCGGCUUCCCCCAGUCGCCGCUGCCCGGGCACCCGGGAGACCGGUGCUGGUUGGGAACAAAGGGCCGAGGCCGGCGCCGGAGCGGAAUUUGAGAUAUAAUGUCAGCUGGCUGAAAAUUUAUAUACCAAAAUGUCAAAAAGGCCAUCCUAUGCCCCACCUCCCACCCCUGCUCCCACAACCCAAAUGCCCAGCACACCAGGGUUUGUGGGAUACAAUCCAUACAGCCAUCUGGCCUACAACAACUACAGGCUGGGAGGGAACCCGGGCACCAACAGCCGGGUCACGGUAGGAGAAUCAACUAUUACAUCAUCCGGCAAACAACAGGAAUUGACCAGAAAUGGCUUUAGAGCUUCCUCUGGUAUUACAAUUCCCAAACCCCCAAAGCCACCAGAUAAGCCUCUGAUGCCCUACAUGAGGUACAGCAGGAAGGUCUGGGAUCAAGUGAAGGCAUCCAACCCUGACUUGAAGUUAUGGGAAAUUGGCAAGAUCAUUGGAGGGAUGUGGCGAGAUCUCACUGAUGAGGAGAAGCAAGAGUACUUGAAUGAAUAUGAAGCAGAAAAGAUAGAGUACAAUGAAUCCAUGAAGGCCUACCAUAACUCGCCUGCUUACCUUGCCUACAUCAACGCAAAGAGUCGGGCUGAGGCUGCGUUAGAGGAGGAAAGCCGACAAAGGCAAUCACGCAUGGAGAAAGGUGAACCCUAUAUGAGCAUCCAACCAGCAGAAGACCCAGAUGAUUAUGAUGAUGGAUUUUCUAUGAAGCACACAGCUACAGCCCGUUUUCAGAGGAACCACCGUCUGAUUAGUGAGAUACUGAGUGAAAGUGUAGUACCAGACGUCCGCUCCGUUGUUACUACAGCUAGAAUGCAAGUUCUCAAACGUCAAGUUCAGUCCUUAAUGGUUCAUCAGCGAAAACUGGAAGCUGAGCUCCUGCAAAUAGAAGAGCGCCACCAGGAAAAGAAGAGGAAGUUCUUGGAAAGCACAGAAUCCUUUAACAAUGAACUGAAGAGGUUAUGCAGUUUGAAGGUGGAGGUGGACAUGGAAAAAAUAGCAGCUGAAAUUGCUCAGGCUGAGGAACAGGCCCGCAAGAGGCAAGAGGAAAGGGAAAAAGAAGCAGCUGAGCAAGCUGAACGCAGUCAAACUAAUGCAGCACCUGAGGAAGAGCAAGCAGUUAACAAGACAGAGGAGAAGAAGGAAGAAGAGAGCACUCCCAUGGAGACAGAGGAGGCUCACCCAGAAGAAACUACAGAGAACCAGCAGAACGGCGAAGAAGGAACGUCCACACCCGAAGAUAAGGAGAGUGGCCAGGAAGGGGUUGACAGUACUGCAGAGGAAGGAACUAGUGAUAGUAACACUGGUUCAGAGAGCAAUAGCGCAACCGUUGAAGAGCCUCCAGCAGACCCUACCCCUGAGGAUAGUGAGAAGAAAGAAUAAAUAUUGGCUUAUUUCAUGUCUCUUCUUAAAGUAUUGUUUUGAGUUUAAAAUGUGCUGGGGUUUUUUUUUUUGUUUUUGUUUUUUUGGUAUCUUCCUUGUCCAUAUCAUUUGUCACCAAAGGAUACUGGGCAUUAACUACUUGAUUAUCAUAAAGUAUCAACACCAGCGUGGCCAACCUAAAGGGGCCUUUGGGGGUGAGGAAUGUCUUGAUAGUAACCUAGAAAGGAAAAGACAGUAUUUGUGUCUUUUACCAGUGCUCUGUGAUAUAAAGAUAGUAUCCUUCAUGGGCUGGAUUCCUUCCCCCAGCCCAAGUUAAUAAUUUUUUACAUAAGAAAUAUCAGGUACCUACUCUGUCUGUUCUAACUAGGAACUCCUUCAGUGACUGAUGUGGCAUCCCCUCCCAUUCAGCUGAAGACUGGGUAAAGUACAGCUUGGGUUUGACCUUUUGUGUGGGUCACCAGUCCAUUCCAGUUCUCUGCCUUAGCCUCAGGUGUUUUCCUCCAAAUCCAUGAUCUUGGUUAUCAUAAGGGAGUACUAAAUAUGUAGCAAGGGAGUUGAUAUCUCAACCCUGGAUGUUAAUGAAGUUGCAUUGAAUUGGCUGUUGGGGAAACUUUUGUUUGCAGCAUUUGUAUUCACUUCUAUACAAUAAACACUGGUUGGGAUUAAAAUUUUUAGAUGCUCUAGUGCAGUUUGCAUUGGUGCCAACGAAGAAACUCCAUUUGUUCCAGGCCAUAAUAGCGAGAUCAGACCUCUUAUUGCAUAAGCCCCUCCACAGUUUGUUUUGCUUUGCUUUGUUUCUCUCUCUCUCUCUAACUUAAAUUCCUCUGGCUAAAAUAAUGGAUUUGUCUUUCAGGUAGUUGUCAUGUUGUUAUCCAUAUGCCAGGAAAAGAGCAUGAAGUGUUAAAAGGGAUAAAAGUUCAGCAGCAUGGCAUGUGUUGCCACUUUGCUUUUAUAGCUGCCUCCCUUUUUGCCAAGUGCAAUAUCUCCAGUAAGUGCCAAGUCCUUCAGCUUUUGCUCACUGAAAACUUGCCUUUAAAUCUGUGAAGAGAUUUUCUCAGUGAGGGCUACAGGACUUGGUCCUACUUCUUCUGUGUGGUCUCUGCUCUCUUUCUUGCAGUAACAGUAACUGUUUCACAAGAGAGAAAAGGCAGGUUGUUCUUGUAUGCUCUGAAAAGUUGCGUGCACAUUUCCAAAUGAUCAGAAGCUCAAUCUGCUUCAAAUGCUAUUACUGUGGUUAUGGUAAGCCUCAGGGCUGUUUAUGUAAUGUGGGAUUCGUAUCCGCCUCAGUCCUUGUUCGUCUGUGCUCUUUGAUGCCUUUGUUCAAUACAAACAACUUUAUCCAAAGGUGUGGCAGAAAUAUAAAGCAAGGGAAUGUUUAAAUGUCAUAUUUCUUGCCCUCCCAUGCUUACUCCAUUGUGAACUGAGAACAGUAAAAAAUAGACACCUCCCUUGACGUGAGCUUUCAAAAUCUCUGGCAGUUUCAAAACAUGAAAAUUUUGUUAUCCCCCACCCCAAACCACCACCCCUUCCAAAUAAAAUGCUCAGUAACUUUUGAUAAAAUUAAGGCAGACACAAGACAUUUCAUGACUUUUUCCAGCUAAAAGAGACCACACGAUGCAUUUGCUUCAUGUAAACUCUAGUAUGUUUUUACUGAAUAGUAGUAUUUCUGAUAGUGUGUUCUCUUUUAAAAAAAAACAAACAAAAAAACACCCUUUUGGUCUUUUUUUAAAUGUUCUAAACAUAAUAAAAUAGAACAUGUUGUUUUUUUUUAAAAAAUCUGCAUCGGUCUGUGUUAUCUGUGUAUUCAGACAUUGGCUAUAUUUGAUACGAGCUUCCCCCUCCUUCCCCGCCCCAGCACUUCUCCCUUUUAAAUCAGAGAUGAGCUAAAAUUUGAAGUCCACUCACUAUACACAAGCCUCACUUCUGUAGUAUAUUAAAUGCAAAAAGUUAUUCUGCAAUAAUACUUGUCUUUGGGUUGGUUUGUGUUUUGGUUUUUGUAUUUGCUCUUCGCUGAAGAGCUAACAUGCCAAAUAUCUCUGAAAAGAAUUCUAAUUGUGUCUUUCAGUUUAAACUACUGAACACAAAAGAUUUGAAGUGGAAAUGCCAUAAGGAGCAGCUGGCUUGUGAACCUUUUGCAUAUAAACAUUUAACUCCCCUUGACUGACUUGAAAUAAUAACUGAAAUGUUGUUAGAACAAAAUGAAAUUUCCACAACAUGUUUUGGUUUGGAUUAAAAGCAAUAAUUGGUUUGCAAGAGAUGAAGAACCAACCGUGAAAUCUGAGUAUUUUAACAUCCUAGCAUAAAUUCUGCCAUGGGUCACUGCUGUGCAGCCCCCUUGACAUCAGCGGAUUUCACAAACAUUAAGGAGGGCUGGACUUGGCCUUUGGGUUCCCACAGGCAAAUUGUAACUAAAUCAUAUAUUGCAUUACUUCCUUUUAAAUUGUGCAUUUGCUGUGUAUACAUGCAAAAUGUAUAUCAUUUCCUCUUGCUGUACAUACUGGUUAGAUUCAUGUACACACUGUCCAGGAGGGGAACUGAAUAUGUGAGAUGCUAUUUCUUAACCUCUUGACAGUUGGUGCUGAGUAGAGGCUUUCGCUGGACUGCCUUCGGUAAUCAUUAAAACAUGUGGGUUCUUGUGUGAAACAGCAUUGGGACUUGCCAUCUAGAGUAUUGCUUUAAGUCCUUAUUAUGGAAAUUAUACUAACACUCACACACACACAAUCACAAUCACAAGUUUCACCAAGCUUCAGCGUGCAUAUGUUUUGUCUUGUUUUACCCUUUGGGCAAAUCUUGUUGGAAUAAUAACACAUUUUCAAAACAUUUGCUUGUUGAGGCAGUGAAGAAUACACUUGUUCUAUAACCAGGCCAGUGAAAAGUGAAUAUUGCUUGCACACCAGGAAUGAUUAUAAGCCAGUUAAUACAGAUAAUUUAACUUUAGAUGUUUGUUAAAAUGUACACAUCUGCAUACCUAUCUUUUUAAUUAGUACUGCAGAUUAAAUAGCAUAAAAUACAAAGAUCAAAAUACAGUUGGAAGUAAGGGAGGAUGGUAAUUAAUGGAUCUUUCGUAGCUUAGCAGAGAUAAAACGGCAAACUACUCAAGUGGAUUAUUUAAUUCUCUAAAAGGAAAAUCGAUAGUUAUGAUUUUGGCACGUGUCCUGAGGAGAAAAGUGCUUAUUGAUGAUUGAGUGGGGAGAGAAUUCCAAAACAUGUGAGUGUGGAAGCUUUGAUGGAAAUCUUGGUUACACCUGAAUCUUGUGGAAAAGAUUGCUUGAUUUUUUUUAAUGUCUUUUUGUAUGCUUUUUAAAACAAGCCAUGUGGAACAAAGACCAAAACCUAAAAGCUGUUCUAAAUACUGUCUGUAAAAGUCAGGCUCUCCUCAGGUGAGAUGAGUGGUGUUCGAACUUUAUGCUUAAACAGCUGUAUCUGUAUUGGUUAAAUUACGUUUCAGGAGUUUCCCACCUUUAACUUCACAAAUUUGUUCCUGGAAACACAGCUACUAAGAUUCUUGAGAGGAGUGAAUUUUUCUAGAAAUUACAUGUUUGGUUGUAACUGCUCCAGAAAGGUAGGUAUCUAUGUAUGGUUUUAAAAGUCCCUCUAACAAUUUGGCCUGCCCUUUCUAAAGAAAUGUACCACCCUGGGGAAAAAAAUAGUAUCUGAUCCAGACACAACAAGCUUGAUAAUCUAGGUGCUCAUGCUAAAUUCAGCUACACAUUUUCUUGCUCUCUUGGGUGGAAGAGAGACCUUUAGUAAGCAGAAUCAGAUUCAUUAUAUACUUGUCACUACAAAAGACUUUUUUUAAUUGCCUUCCAGACCAAAGGCAAAAUUUGUCACAAAGAAAUCUUAAACUUGUCUUAACUACCCCCUUCAAAAGCGUUUAGUUCCUACAUAAUAUAAAAAUUCUCAAAUUGUUACACAAAUACUUUAUUUGAAUCACAGAAGCCUUGAUCCACAAAGGGUCUUGGGUAUUGCAAUGCUGAGCAUCAUGGCACCUAGAAAAUCACAGGAACACCACUGCAAUCCACAAAGCCUGAAUUAGGCACUUACGCUCCCUAUACAAUGAAUUGGGGGAGAGAGGCGUCUUUCAGUGCGAUAGGUAAGGGGCUACUGAUGAGGGGGGGAUUGUGCAAAAUCCUACCCCUCGGUCAGAGGCAGGUGCCUAUCUCUGCUUAGUGAUCCCCAAAUGGGAAUUCAUCUGGUUGCGGGAAUGAGUUAGAUGCCUGGCUCAGUCCACACAAAGGAGCUGGGGAAGAGGGGGUGCCACCCACCUUUUAACUUUUAGCCCAGUGGUUAGCAUUCACCUAGGAUGUUUGAGCCCUAGGUUUAAUUCCACCUUUGCCAGAGGGGAGAACAGAUUGGAACAGGGGUCGCUUACAUCUCAGAAGAGUGCCCUAGCCACUGAGCUCUCAGAUAUUGUAUGUAGACUAUAGAAUUGUGCUCUUUCUCUUGCUGUAUGACUUUUGAGUAUCCACAGUGCAACAGUCAUUGGGUCAGAGAGAGAAGAGAGAUUGUGAGAAUGACUCUAGUCCAGCGGCUCAGGCACACACUUGUGGUGAGUGACCCAGGGGCCAGCCCACCUGCUCCAAUCACUCGUUUAUCCACAGUGGAAGAGCUUCAACAGAAGAGAUGGAGGGAGCCCUGCAUCAGAGUAUCCCAGAGCUCAGUGAUUAGAACAUUCCUGAAAGGUGGGAGACCCCUAUUCAAAUCCUCCUCCCCACCACCAACCGUCCGUAAGAGCAGGUAAAUUUUACCUGGGUCUCCCACAUCCCAGAUGAGUGCUCUAACUAUUGGGUUAAAAAUUAUAAAGUGGAUGGCAGCAGCACCUCCUCAGAGUCUACCACAUCAGGUCCCAUUUAAAAUCUGGUCAGUCAGAGGCUGCCCAUGGGAUUGGGUCCUGCACACAACUAAGGUGGAUGCACACUUGCUUUCCCCCCAGGUCACGAAUUGCUCAGGGGUUUAGGUGGAAAAUACAGUGUCUGGAGAGCUAGACAGAGGCACCGGUGUACGUGCUCAGAAACAUUAUGUGCCUAAAAUCAUUUGGUGCCAUAGUUUGGUGGGAGUUUUGUGGAUCAUAGUGGAGAUUAAAAGUGGGACAGACUCCUAAACCCAAGACUUUGGUACCUGUGUGGAUAUGGGCUUGAGUUACUAAUGUAAUUGAUUCUUGCAAAUGUUUAGUUCUCUUAGUUUUGCGCUAUUAGUGCAGAGGCUUUUAAGUCUGAAAAUUCUGACAGCUGUUAAUAUUAAACUGUAACUUGCUCUAACCUAUUCUUACUCCAACAAUUAAAGUUACCUCUCUGUAAAUUUG